ACUUCUCUUAUUGACUUCUCAAAACCCAGCCUGGUCUGUUUGGGUUGUUUCGCAAGCGUUCCGGGAAGCCUCGCAAUGUUGCGUCUCUGAGUUUAGAAACGUUGCUUUCGCUUUGAAGUCCACAAUGUAGAAGGGAAGUUCUAAGGUUUGAGCUAGAUAGAUGGUGAUAGCCUGAGAGAUCAGCCAAUUAAAACCUGUUCCUGCUAUAGUGUGCUUUCGAGCGAAUCACUUGUCAAAGUAGAUGACAAUCGUCACCGCCUUUCAAAGUGUAGCAUUAUGGGGAUAAAAAUUGUCUGACUUGCGUCUACAUGUCGAAUAUAAAAAGUGUAUUUAUUCUUCGUGUCACUUUCUAUUUCUUAUUAAAAUAUAUAUAUUUUUCUAUCUGCACCUGUUGUUUACGAAGCAUGUGACGAAUAACAUUUGAUUUGAAGUCUUUGCGCGGCAUGCCAACAACACCUUUGCUCCGGCUUGCUGCAGUAAGGAGUGAGGGUAGUAGCUAGUGUAGCCAAUAUCAGACAUAGGGAUUUUCACCGAAAAUGUACAACUACGGCAUUAACAUCUAACGUUAAAAAUUGUUUAGAUACCGCCCAACAAUUCAGAUAAAAACAUAAUUAUUCUGAACACUCCCAUGUUCCAAGUUUUUUGCCAUAAACUACCUAACUGGGAAGGGCUCAUUCAGUGUUGCCAACUAAUUUUCAGGUUAAGUUGCUAGAGGCAGGUUGAUUUAUUGCUAAAAGUUGCUAAAUGACGUUGUGACGUCAUUGCGUAGAAUACACAAUAACGCUACUCAAAUUGACUGUCCAUCUCGGCGAAAAAAAUAUGUUUUGACAUUUGUUCAGGUACAGACUCCCACUCUUUUCUGUACUUCUGGCUGUACAAUUUUGAUUGAGACAUGUUGAUUGAUGUUGUAAGUUCUGUUCAAGAUCAAACAUUCGUGACCAACUAUAUUCAUUGGGUUUGUCUGGUCGAACCUCCGUGCUGCUGCAGUCAGCCAACAAUGAUUUGCAAUGUACUGAAAUUGCUGCUGGCCUUCUGCUGACGUCACUCACAAUGCACUUUUGCAGCCAGGCACGUGUGUUGUGACUGAGUGUGUGACAGAAAAUCGUUUUUGCGUCAUUUAGAGGGAAAAUACGUGCAUUUUAGCGUUUGAGUGACUUUUCAAAAGUUGCUAAAAUUUCCAAAUACAUUUUAAAAGUAGCUAUUUGUUGCUAGACUUGGUGCUCCGGUACCGCUUGCUGUGUGGUAGCAGAGAAAACAGUUAAUGACUUGGGUGACUGGAGUCUCUGACAAUUUUGGGGGCUUUUCUCUGACACCUAGUAUAUACUGUGGGUCCUGGAUGGCAGAAAGCUUGGCCCCAGUGAUGUACUGGGCCGUACGCACUACCCUCUGUAGCGCCUUAUGGUCAAAUGCAGAGCAGUUGCCAUACCAGGCAGUGAUGCAACUGGUCAGGAACCUCUCAAUGGUGCAGCUGCCAAAUCAUUUGUGCUGUCGUGCCCUCUUCACGACUGUCUCGGUGUGUUUGGACCAUUAUAGUUUGUUGGUGGUGUGGACACCAAGGAACUUGAAACUCUUGACCCGCUCCACUACAGCCCUGUCGAUGUUAAUGGGGGCCUGUUCAGGCCGCCUUUUCCUGUAGUUCAUGAUCAGCUCCUUUGUCUUGCUCACAUUGAGGGACAGGUUGUUGUCCUGGCACCACACUGCCAGGUCUCUGACCACCUCCCUAUAGGCUGUCUCAUCGUUGUCGUGAUCACUGUUGUGUCAUCAGCAAACUUAAUGAUGGUGUUGGAGUUGUGUUUGGCCAUGGAGUCAUGGAUGAACAGGGAGUACAGGAGGGCACUAAGUACACACCCUUGAGGGGCCCCAGUGUUGAGGAUCAGCAUGGCUGGUGUGUUGUUGCCUACCCUUACCACCUGGGGGCGUCCCAUCAGGAAGUCCAGGAUCCAGUUGCAGAGGGAGGUAGUGACGCUGAGCUAUAGUCAAUGAACAGCAUUCUCACAUAGGUGUUCCUUAAGUCCAGGUGGGAAUGUGCAGUGUGGAGUGCGAUUGAGAUGGCAUCAUCUGUGGAUCUGUUGGGGCGGUAUGGUAUGUGAAUUGGAGUGGGUCUAGGGUAUCCGGGAGGAUGCUGUUGAUGUGAGCCAUGAUCCGCCUUUCAAACCACUUCAUGGCUACCGACGUGAAUGCUGCGGGGCGGUAAUCAUUUAGGCACGUUACCUUCGCUUCCAUGGGCACAGGGACUGUGGUGGUCUGCUUGAAACAUGUAGGUAUUACAGACUCGGCCAGGGAGAGAUUGAAAAUGUCAGUGAAGACACUUGCCAGUUGGUCUGCGCAUGCUUUGAGUUCACGUCCUGGUAAUCCGUCUGGCCCCGUGGCUUUGUGAAUGUUGACCUUGCUCACAAGGUCUUGCUCACAUCGGCUACUGAGAGCAUUAUCACACAGUCGUCCAGAACAGGUGGUGCUCUCGGGCAUGCUUCAGUGUUGCUUGCCUCAAAAUGAGCAUAAAAGGCAUUUAGCUCGUCUGGUAGGGUCGUGUCACUGGGUAGCUAGCAUCUAGGUUUCCCUUUGUAGUGCGUAAUAGUUUUCAAGCCCUGCCACAUCUGAUGAGUAGCAGAUCCGGUGUAGUAGGAUUCAAUCUUAGUCCUGUAUUGACUCUUUGCUUGUUUGAUGGUUUGUCUGAGGGCUUAGUGGGAUUUCUUAUAAGUGUUCGGAUUAGUGUCCGGCUCCUUGAAAGCGGCAGCUCUAGCCUUUAGCUUGAUGCGGAUGUUGCCUGUAAUCCAUGGCUUCUGGUUGGGAUAUGUACGUACGGUCGCUGUGAGGACGACAUCGUCAAUGCACGUAUUGGUGAAGCCAAUGACUGAGGUGGUAUAAUCCUCAAUGCCAUUGGAUGAAUCCCGGGAAAAUAUUCCAGUCUGUGCUAGCAAAACAGUCCUGUAGCGUAGCAUCCGCGUCAUCUGACCACUUCCGUAUUGAGCGAGUCACUGGCACUUCCUGCUUUAGUUUUUGCUUGUAAGCAGGAAUCAGGAGGAUAGAAUUAUGGUCAGUGCCAAUGGAGGGCGGGGGAUAUCUUUGUAUGCAUCUCUGUGUGUGGAGUAAAGGUGGUCUAGAGCUUUUGUUUUCCUCUGGUUGCACAUGUGACAUGGUAGAAAUUAAAUGAAAUGAGGUAAAACUGAUUUAAGUUUGCCUGCAUUAAAGACCCCGGCCACUUGGAGCGCUGCUUCUGGAUGAGCAUUUUCUUGUUUGCUUAUGACCUUAUUUAUUUAUUUAUUUACCGUUAUUUUACCAGGUAAGUUGACUGAGAACACGUUCUCAUUUGCAGCAACGACCUGGGGAAUAGUUACAGGGGAGAGGAGGGGGAUGAAUGAGCCAAUUGUAAACUGGCUCAUUAUACAGCUCAUUGAGUGCGGUCUUAGUGCCAGCAUCGGUUUGUGAUGGUAAAUAGACGGCUACGAAUAAUAUCGAUGAGAACUCUCUUGGUAGAUAGUGUGGUCUACAGCAGUACUCUACCUCAGGCGAGCUAUACCUCGAGACUUCUUUAUUAUUUUACAUUGCGCACCAGCUGUUAUUGACAAAUAGACUCUCACCCCCACCCCUCAUCUUACCAGCUUCUCUGUCCUGCCGGUGCGUGGAAAAUCCCGCCAGCUCUAUAUUAUCCCUGUCGUCGUUCAGCCACAACUCAGUGAAAGAUAAGAUAUUACAGUUUUUAAUGUCUCAUUGGUAGGAUAAUCUUGAUCGUAGGUCAUCGAUUUUAUUUUCCUAUAAUUGCACGUUGGCCAAUAGAACGGAUGGCAGUGGAAGUUUACUCGCUCGCCUACGAAUUCUCAGAAGGCAGCCUGACCUCUCUCCCCUUUUUCUCUGUCUUUUCUUUCUCGCAAAUGAUGGGGAUUUGGAACUGUUCCCGAGAAAACAGUAUAUACAUCGCGUCGGACUCGUUAAAGGAAAAAGCAUCUUCCAGUUCGAGCAGCUCCUUCAGAUCCUGGACACACUUGGCAGGUGGUGGGACCAUACCUUCCAGACCUACGCCUGCAUGAGCAGGGUCUGAACCCAGAUGAAAGCCACCAAUAGGAAGCUCAGAGAGACAGAGAACCCUGUGCAGUUCUUCGAAAGGUCCGUCUACAGCGACAGAUACAUCUUUGCAGCGAACCUGAAUGAGAGUCUGAACGAGACAGAGUGGUCUAUCUACCAGGACUGGCACGGCUGGCUCCACAAACAGUUUGGGAAACGCAUCGAGCUGGACGGCAUCAUCUACCUUCAAGCCGCACCAGAGAGAUGCAUGGAGAGGCUACAUCUGAGAGGCAGAGAGGAGGAGCAGGGCAUUCCUCUGGAGUACCUGGAGAAACUCCACUUCAAACACGAGAGCUGGCUGCAGCACAAAACCAUGCGGCGAGAGAGGGAGGAAGGAAGUGUUGAUGGGAUUGUGAACGAGGAAGGGAGUGUUACGGAAGGGAGUAGGUUGAGCAUGGUAUAUGAGUAUCUGAUUGACACGCCCAUUCUGACGCUGGAUAUCAACAAAGAUUUUAAAGGGGACAAGGUCAAGGGUGCUGACGUGGUGGAAAAGGUCAAAGCGUUUCUCAGUACCUUGUAAACACCAGUAGAUGACCAUCAUAGCCUUGCCCUGGAUGGCAGCCAGCAGUGAGGACAGAUGUGGAACUUGUUUUGAAAUGAAUGAUUUCAAUUAUUUUUUAUAUUAUUUUUAAAGCAUUUUAAAUGUAUCGACUUGCAUGGGUACCUGCAUGGGUAAACACAAUAUGAUACGUUUGUAUAGCUUGGUUUCACCUUCAUAUCCUCUCUGUUUUAUUUAUCAAUAUGAAUGAGAAGGGGGAAAAACCUGAAUAUGUAUUUCUUUAUUGGAAAUCAUUUGUGUUGUUUUAUAAACGCCUAAAAUAAUAAAGGGCUACCAGUAUAAAGGAA